UGCAAGUGGCCAUUAUAGAGUUUCAUGUUAUCGGGGAUUUACUAAGAUGCUACUUUUUUGCGCAUUUUUUGUUUUAUGGACUCUAUUUACUUUUGAACACGGUAUUCUCUCGUUGCAAUCCGACGAAACUGACAAGAAAAUGUUCCUCUUAGACUUUAUUAAUCUAAUGGCUCUGGCCAUUACUUACAUGCUCCAACUGUUAUGGCUGAGUUCUGGCACAGAAUCUUUUAUGCGGGAAGUUCGCAAAACAAAACAUAUCUCUGUGUUGAUGAAGUGUCGCUACGCUGACGGUCCCAUAAGAAGAACAGCCAAGAACAUGCUGAAGCUAAUAGAAGAGACGCCGCCAGACUUUUCCGUGUACGGCAUGUGGAGCAUGGACGCCCAACUCAUUAUUGACGUUUUCAACCUUAUCACUAACUUCAUUUUGACCAUCAUACAGUUCACGUUUUUGUAAAAAAAUAAACUCUUGUAACUAAUGUAAGCCGUGUCAUCGCGGUGACGCGCCCCACUUUUCCUAAUCGCUUAUCGGACAAGUUUGCAGCAUUUGAGUAGAGGUGGGCCAUUUUUUCAAAGUAAGGUAAACGCAGCUAUUGACGCCCCCCUUAAGGCAAUUUUUUAAUCAACCCUUAUUUUUAAGUAUUC